UUAUCUUCAUAUAUAAUAUCUUGCUGUUAUUUUUAAAAAGUAAGCAUCGGGUGGGCACCAAAAGCCUAUAUAUUCUAAUAUGUCUUUGUCGUACUUUUUCUCGUCGUUAUGGAGGUUUCGCAAAAGUGCAAUUCUUCUUUUGACUCCGAUACUUCUUCUUCCAAUGCUCAUACUUGGGAAUUCGAAGGUGUCAAGUUGCGGAUACGUGAUUUGCAUUAUGUCUGUUUACUGGACGACUGAAGCAUGUCCACUUGUUGUGACGUCACUAAUUCCAUUGUUACUGUUCCCGCUGUUUGGAAUCCAGACAGCAGAUGAGGUUUCGAUGAGUUACACGCGUCACACUUGUUUUCUCUUUCUGGGAACGUUCAUCCUUUGCAUUGCAAUAGAAGAGUGGAAUUUGCAUAGAAGAUUUUCUCUUCGAGUUUUGCUGCUUUUCGGAUCUAAGCCAUGCUGGAUUAUGUUAGGAAUGAUGUUUAUCACUGGAUUCCUGUCUAUGUGGUUGAGCAACACUUCGACAUGUGCUCUUAUGCAUCCGAUUACUGUUGCUAUAUGUAGAGAGAUUUCAACAGCAGAAAAGAACAGACAGGAGCCACAUAAGAAUAAGAAGAAUAAAGACGUGUCCGACAACGUGUUGGAAGUUUCCGAUAACACGGAAGACAUGUAUAAUAAUCCAGAAGUCACACAGUUUAUCAGUAAAAACAACAACGACGAUAUACUGAAAGUUCAGGAGGAUAAUGAGUUAGAAGAAGAAUCUUCAACAAAAAUAGAUGGCAAAUCGACCAAUUUAGAAAAAUCAAUGCUACUCGCGGUGACAUACGCUUCUACCUUGGGAGGUAUAUGUACUAUAGUGGGAACACCAACGAACCUUGUGGCUAUUGGAAUUUUUAUAGCAACUUUUGGAGAAGAAUCGGGACAAGACUUGAACUUCGUUUCGUGGUUCAUAUUCUGUCUUCCGAUGACUAUUAUUUUGAUAAUCAUCACAUGGAUUUGGGUGCUAUGUCGAUUUCGAAGUCUUGGACAAUUGAGAUCACGAAAUACAAACACCACAUCAAAGCGCAUCAAGAAAUUAAUACAAGCCAACUAUGACAAGUUGGCCCCUAUGAGUUUCGGUGAAAUCUGUGUUGUGAUUCAUUUCCUUGUACUGAUUCUACUAUGGUUUCUUCGUGAUCCGAAGAUUAUUCCUGGCUGGAGAGAUUUAUUCCCAAACGGAUAUGCAAAAGAUUCCACAACUGCUGUAUUGGUUGGAAUGUGCGUCUUCUUAUUCCCAUCACAAUCAUCUUCCUUUACUUGGAUAUGGAAAAAACCGAAGACUGAAGGAAAAAAAGAAUAUUGUUUACCAACUACAUCUCCCGCGUUAUUAUCUUGGAAAACAUUUCAACAAAAAUUUCCAUGGGAUGUGAUGCUUCUGUUGGGUGCAGGAUUUUCCUUGGCUGGAGCAUGUGAGAAUUCCGGAUUGUCAGAAUGGUUUGGCCGUAACCUUACAGCGGGACUUCGAGGAACACCUGUGUGGAUUGUGCUACUGGUGGUUUCGAUUUCAAUAUCAUUAUUGACAGAAUUCACAAGCAAUGUGGCAACCACCAGCAUAUUUUUACCAAUCAUGAUAGGAUUAUCCAGAGACCUGAGUAUAAAUCCAGUUUAUAUUUUACUCAUUGCAACAUUAUCUUGCUCAUUCGCAUUCUCUUUGCCGAUCGCAACUCCACCAAAUGCUCUGGCAUUCACAUUCGGAUCUUUGCGGGUAACGGAUAUGGUGACAACAGGCUUGCCGCUAAAUUUCAUAUGUGUCGGAGUACUAAAUGCUUUUAUUCACAUGACUGGCGUCUCAAUAUUUCAUCUCGACGUUAUUCCGGCCUGGGCUAUGACGAAUGGAACAUAUGUUGUCCCUCCUAAUAGUACACUUACGCCGGGGCAGAACUAAUUCAUGACACUCGAUUCCAAAAGUUUUGUCCAAAAGCGAUAUCUUUGACUUUAAGCCCAUCACACGAUAAACCGGUAUAAAGAGUCUUUAGGUUUACAGUGGCCUAAUUGAAAUAUAAAUUCACUCACCUAUGCCUCAACAAAAAUAUGAUUUUAUUAUUUCAUCGUGUGUAAUUCAACAGAAUUCUAUUAUAAAUAUAUAUGCCUGC